AUGGAUGAGGAGUAUGCAGCGUUAAUAAGAAACAGCACAAGGCAAUUUACUACUUUGCCCCCAAAACAAAGUGCCAUUGGAAGCAAGUGGGUCUUUCGAGUAAAACAGAACCAAGAUGGCUCUAUCAACAAGUUUAAAGCUAGAUUGGUUGUCCAAGGAUUCAACCAAAGACCAGUAAUCGACUUUAAAGAAACCUUCAGUCCUGUGGUCAAACCAGCUACUAUAAGGAUCAUCCUUACCUUGACACUGCAGAAUAAUUGGCCUAUAAUUCAACUUGAUGUUAAUAACGCUUUUCUAAAUGGAAGCUUACAAGAGGAGAAAAUUCAAAAGCUUGUUGAUGCACUAUUCUCAAUUGGAUAUCAACUUCCUGAUGAUGACCAUAUCCAAAUUAUUUUUGAUGGUCUUCCAGAAGAAUUCUUAGGUAAUAUCUCAUCCGUCAUGUCCAGGUUAUCUUCCUUUACUGUAGUUGAAGCAGAAUCAUUUUUGCUAGCAUAUGAAGAUAUGCUAGAUCGCUUUAAGCGACCAGAAACUGGUAUACCCAUGGCGAAUUUAACUCGGUCAUCCAUGUUCUUUACCAAUAAUGGUAGAAGCACGUUUGCUCAUCGUGCCAGAGGUGGUAGAUUUGGAAGAGAGGGAAGAUUUUUCUCUCCAUGCCCUCAAUGCCAAUUCUGUGGCCGCCUUGGCCAUGUUGUGCAAACAUGUUACUUUCGUUUUGACCAAAGUUUCCAGAAUAACUCUUCUCAAAAUGCCGCUCAAAUCCCCUUUGGCAAUUCUCUCCCACCAUCACCAUCUUCCAGUUUUCACCAACCUCACGCAUAUUACACUGCACCAUCAUCAUCCUCUGUGGCAGAAUCUUCAUGGUACCCUGAUUCGGGUGCAAGCCACCACAUGACUAAUGAUCGUAAGAAUCUUAUGAUUGCCAACAAUAAUGCUCAAGGUCUUGAUCUCUUUGUGGGUAAUGGUCAAGCGGAUAAUCAUAUGUAUUUUGAGUUAUGGCCUAACCAUUGUGCUGUGCGUGAUCAAGAUUCCCGGAAGCUUCUUCUCCAAGGCACUGCUGAGGGAGGAAUUUAUAAGCUUCAAGAUUUAGUUGUUCCAAGAUUGUGUUUGAAUAAAUCUCUUGUGUCUUCUUUUGCUGAUUCAAAUUCUGGCUCUUGUUAUAAUAAUUCUUGUUUGUCAACAAAUUCAGUUGCUAUGUCAAGAAACAAAUGUGAGCCCUCUCAAAAUGUGCAUAAAUGUGUGUCUAAGUUUGUUAACUCCCCAAAUUCUGAAGUUCAGAAUGCUAUUGAUGCCAAGUCUAUGCACAAACAAUCAUUUCAAACCUCUGAACACAGUUACACUUCUCCCUUGGAAUUGGUCUAUGGUGAUAUUUGGGGACCCUCACCAAUAGCUUCUAGAAAUGGUAUUGCUCACAGGUUGGCUUGUCCAUAUACACAUGAGCAGCAAGGUAGUGUUGAACGCAAACAUAGACAUAUCACAGAGAUGGGAUUGUCUAUGCUUGCAACAGCUGGCUUACCUUUUCAAUUUUGGGAAGAUGCCUUCACCACUGUGGCUCACCUUAUUAAUAGACUACCGACUCUUAUGUUGCAAGCUAAGUCACCUUUUGAGGUUAUUUUCCAUCAACAACCAGAUUAUCAAUCAUUAAAGAUCUUCGGGUGUGGAUGCUAUCCUUAUUUAAGGCCAUACAACAAGAGGAAGAUGGAUUACGGAUCAGAAUUGUGUAUAUUUCUUGGUUAUGACAACCAACACAAGGGAUAUAAAUGUCUAUCAAAAUCUAGAAAAUUGUACCUUGCUCAACAUGUGAUCUUUGAAGAAAAACUCUUUCCUUACAAUGAGCAUUUCAGAGAAAUACUAUCAUCCUCUCCAAAUUCCCAACCAUCAAGUACUGCUCCAUCUGAAUCCCUGAUUCCAAUUCCUUCAUCAUUUAUACCCAUCCUAUCACAUCCUCAACCUAUACAUAUUGAAAACACUAUAAAUAAUAUCCCUGUACCUUCUUAUACCUCAGACCAGCCACCUUCCAACUCAAUUCCAAUUAGUGAAAAUGAAGUCCAUAUCCCUUUUAAUAAUGCACCUACUAUUGCCUCUCAUCCCACAAAUACUCAUCAAAUGAUAACUCGGUCAAAAAAUGGCAUUACCAAGCCCAAAAAUUAUAUCUCCACAAAUACAACUGAUCCAUAUUGCUUGAAAACAUUACCAAAAAAUGCCAAGCAUGCUAUGCAGUUUGAUCAUUGGAAGAAAGCUAUGCAAACUGAGUACAAUGCUCUUAUGAGAUGUAAGACAUGGUCUCUACAACUUCCUCCACCUAAUUCCAUAGUGGUGCCUUGUAAAUGGGUUUUUGCAAUAAAGAAAAACUCAGUUGGGGAUAUAUUACGCUACAAGGCACGCCUAGUAGCGAAAGGCUUUCAUCAACAUGAAGGAAUAGAUUUUGAGAAAGUCUACAGCCCAGUUAUAUGA